CUUCAAUACGCACAAACUUUCUCUAUCUAAAAGACGAGGAGAGAGAAAGUGAGAUUUGUUGUAAAUUAACCCGCUUCUAACCAUGAUUAGCUGCUAAACCAAAUCUUCAAAGUUAAAUAAUUUCGUUCUCCACAAAAAUUGAGGGAAAUGUUUUUUUUUUAUUGCUCUCAUAAUAUUUCUCGUUCUAGAGAGAGAACAGGGGAGAGAGGAAAAGAAACACUGGGGAGAGCGAAACGAACGGAGUGAGGUCUUGCUUUAUUGACUGAAGGUUUGAAUCUGAUAGAAUCAGAGCAGAACGAGAGCAUUUUGUAGAUGGAAUUGGAUAAGACUUCAUUGGAAGAUACUAUUAGAGUGGAGAUAUGAGAGUGUAUAUAUAUAUAAAUGUAAAUUUAUGAGCAGAGAGUUUUUAUGGUUUUGUUCUGCUAAUUUUCAGUGAAAAUGGCAGUGAUAGUAGAUUGAUUGAUAUAUAUAAUAUAUAUAGUGAUAAUAGUGGAUCGAAAUAUUAAUGUAUUCAAGAUGGAUCAGUACGAGAUCAUGGAACAGAUUGGUCGUGGAGCAUUUGGAGCUGCAAUUCUCGUCAAUCACAAAUUGGAGAAGAAGAAGUAUGUCUUAAAAAAGAUUCGUCUUGCUCGGCAGACAGAACGUUGCAGGAGAUCUGCUCAUCAAGAGAUGGCUCUAAUUGCACGAAUUCAACACCCCUAUAUUGUCGAAUUUAAGGAAGCAUGGGUGGAGAAGGGCUGUUAUGUUUGCAUUGUUACUGGAUAUUGUGAAGGAGGAGACAUGGCGGAAUUGAUGAAAAGAUCAAACGGGCAGUAUUUUCCCGAGGAGAAACUCUGCAAGUGGUUCGCUCAACUACUAUUGGCAGUCGAAUAUCUGCAUUCAAAUUAUGUUCUACAUCGAGACCUAAAAUGUUCCAACAUCUUUCUUACCAAAGAUCAAGAUAUUCGUCUUGGGGAUUUUGGACUUGCUAAAACUUUGAAGGCAAAUGACUUGGCUUCUUCGGUGGUUGGAACUCCUAAUUACAUGUGUCCUGAACUUCUUGCAGAUAUUCCUUAUGGCUUCAAAUCAGACAUUUGGUCCCUGGGAUGCUGUGUUUAUGAGAUGGCUGCUUAUCGUCCUGCAUUCAAAGCUUUUGAUAUGUCAGGAUUGAUAAGCAAGAUAAACCGUUCCUCCAUUGGUCCUUUGCCUUCCUGUUACUCCCCCUCCUUGAAAACACUUAUAAAAGGCAUGCUAAGAAAGAACCCUGAACAUCGGCCGAGUGCUUCUGAGAUUUUGAAGCAUCCGUAUCUGCAACCUUAUGUUGACCAGUACCGCUCAUCCUUUAACCCUCCUACAGCCUCUACUCCAGAGAAGCCUCUUUCUAGUGCUCUCGACACUCGGAAGAAUACUGCUGAAAGCCGAAGCAGUAACAGUUCUUGCAGUGAUAGAGAGAGUUCCAUUUUGGGCGAGAAAAACAUCCCAGCCAUGGUGUACAAUUGUGACAACAAAGGCACAGAAACAGAUUUUGCUUCAGCUGAUGAUGAGGUUGGCUGUUAUCACCUCCUGCCAAUUGAUGAACAAAGGGGUGCCAACAUGUUGACUCCUGAAAUUGAUGAAUUAGAGGUGAUCAAACCCUUUCAUGGUGAACAUAGAUCCAAUUGUGAAGCUAAAGAACCAAAAACUAUAAAAAACAUUAUGAUGGCUCUGAAAGAAGGGAAAGUUAGAGAAAAUAGUUCUCCAUUGAGAGGCAAUCGUACAAAGCCUGGGGCUUCAGGGAUUCAGAGGACUAAUACAGAAGUAUGGCCUAAAGUACCCAAACCAAGUUCAGUUACUCCUGGUUCCAAGGCUAAUGCAGAUGCACCAAAAGCUUCACCAGCAAAGUCCAGCUCUGAUUCUGCCAAACGGAUUCAGGGAAUGCCUUCUUUGAAGCAUCAGUUACCUUUUACUGACUCCUCUCCGAAGACUAAACCUAGAUAUGAUGGGAUGCGUACUCCCAGUCCCGUGAGGCAUGUUGAUGAAGAUGGACUUUCUACAAGAACAAGACAAAGAACCCCUCCUAAUCUGGUCAGACGUUCAUCAGUUCCAGGACGGAUUAAGCAAAUGGGGCUUGACAUCCCAAAUGCCAAGAGCAAUACUGUGAAGAUAGGACCGAGUGAGACAAUUCAAGAUUCUGAAAAGACACACACACUGGCCGAUGGUUGUGUUACUCAUGUUUCAAGGGAGAUUAUGCAGGAGUCUCAAAAGGACGUAGUUGGAGCUGCCAGAGGAAUCCACACAGAUAGCAUGAAGCAAUUGAGGGUUGACGCCACAAAUACCAAAAGCAACACCGUGAUGGUAGGACCAAAAGAGACAAUUCAAGAUUCUGUAAAGACUCACACGGUGGCUGAUGCUUGUGUUACACAUGUUCCAAGGGACAUUAUGCAGGAGUCUCAAAAGGCUGUAGUGGGAGCUUGCAAAGGAAUGCAAACAGAUAGCAUGAAGCAUAUGGGGCUUGACACCUCAAAUACCAGGAGCAAUACUGUGCAGAUCAGACCAAGUGAGACAAUUGAAAAUUCUGGAAAGACUCAUGCAGUGGCCAAUGGUUGUGUUACACACGUGUCAAGGGAGCCUAUGCAGGAAUCUGAAAGGGCUGUAGUGGGAGCUUGCAAAGGAAUGCAACCAGAUAGCAGAAACUCUGCGUCAUCUUCAGUGUCAAUUCAAGGAUUUGAGCUUUCUGAUUAUGCAACAACUCCCUUUAUUAAAUUGAGAGAACAUGUACUACCCUUUAAUGAGGAAGUUGCUCAAACUGAAAGCUCAGAAUCACAUCCAACCAGCUUCUUAUUUGCUUCCCCGUUGCAAACUGAGAUGUCUGGAAAUGUUUCAAGGGAAUGCCGUGAAUGGGACAAGAAAUCUAUACAGUGCUCGGAGAAUUCUAAGGCUCACCUAGAUCUUCAGAACAUUUCUGCUGGUUGUGAGACUGAUUGUUUGAGUGUACCUCAGGAGAUCCCAAUCCCACGUACUGAAGAAAUAUUUGUUUGUAAAGAUGAUACCCCUUCAAGAAGGUCCAUUAGUGAGCAAAAUGUAGUGCCCCAGUUGAAUGUCACUUCUACAUCCAUUGGGGAUGACAAGUUCACUGUAAGGGAACUUCUAUCAUCCGUAGCAGACACUAUUUCCCCUAGCCUUCCGAUCUCAUCUAGCCAAAAGAAUUUUGUGCCCGACAAAGGAACUGUUUCACAUAAUUCAAUAAUUGAAAAUCCAGCUGCUUCACAUCUUCCUCCAGCAUUUGAUGAUGUCAUACAUGUGAUUCGGCACAGUAGUUUCCGAGUUGGGAAUGAGCAGCCAGUGAAAGAAACUAUGGAAAGGAAUAUGGAUGUUGGGAAUCUCAUAAAUGUGGUUAGUAACGAGUUGGAUAUAAAGAACUUAACAACUCCAGCAGCUCUGAAAUCAUCCAGUAGCUCCGACACCGUGACUAUAAAAUCAAAUGUUUCAGAUGUUCCAGGAAUUAUGGAAAUGGAUGUAAGGAAUUCCCCCUCUUCAAUUCAAAAACCUGAAUGCCCCGAACCAGUAAAGCCUAGCUCUCCGGUGACGGAAGAGGAAACACCAGCAAAGGAAAUUUUGGAUGUCAAAUCUUUUAGGCAGAGGGCAGAGGCACUUGAAGGACUGUUAGAAAUGUCGGCGGACUUGCUUCAGCAAAAUAAAUUAGAAGAGCUUGCAAUUGUUUUGAAGCCUUUCGGGAAAGAUAAGGUCUCUCCAAGGGAGACAGCUAUUUGGUUGGCAAAGAGUCUUAAAGGAAUGAUGCUCGAGGACUGCGGACGGAGUUCAUAAAUCAUCAUAUUCUGCUGGUAUGUUUUCUCCAAUUUGUUGUUUAUUGAUAUUACCACACUAGUUUCCAUCUUUUUGUCAUGUUUUCCACCCAUUCAAGUUCCAUUUGAAUUUUAAAAAUGAACAAUCAAGCACUUUUUUUGUUUAUUUUUUAUUUUACUACUUUUUUUUGUAAUUCUUUCAAUGCAGUAUGUUGUACAUAUUAACUGUACCAAUAAAAUAAGUUAUUAUUGUCA